AUGGCCUCAGAAUAUAAUGGAAAGUCGUCCGGAACGACUGCUCCAAAAAUACGAAAGUACUAUGACGAGAUUGGAGACGAAAAGGAUUGGGAAGUCAAGUUCGACGACCUCGAGAUUGGCACACAGGAAGCCGACUCGCGUGUUUCUACGUCUGGGAAUGAUGCCCGAAGACUUGAUCCAGUCACGGACCUCAAGCACCGGCUAUCUAUGUGGGAUCCAAACUUACCCGUGGAUGAUCAUACCGAACAAAUGCCCAAGGUCGUUAGGCAGUCGAAAUUUCUUGAGACCUCCUUAAUCGACGAUGUCGAGGUCUUUACCGAGAAGGAAGAAGAAGAGGACUCUCCAUACCCUGAAGUCCGAGCUGCUGUACAUAACUACGAUGAAGAUCUUCCUUGCAAUACGAUUCGUGCCUGGACAAUUGGACUGGGUUUGGUUUUUGUUGGAGCAUCUGUCAAUACUCUCUUUUCGCUGAGGGCGCCAUCUAUCGGUCUUGGUGCUCUCAUUGCCCAAAUCAUCGCCUGGCCUCUUGGACACGGGUGGGCAAAGGUCAUGCCUACACGAAGAUAUAACACCUUUGGAUUGAAAUGGUCUCUCAAUCCUGGACCCUUCAAUAUCAAGGAGCAUACAAUUAUUGUCGUCAUGGCGAGUGUCAGUUUUAGUGCUGCCUACGCUACAGAUAUUAUCCUCGCACAGAUUGCUUUCUACAAGCAGGAUUUUGGGCUACUAUUUCAGCUUAUGUUGACCAUCUCGACCCAGUCAGUAGGAUACGGCAUCGCAGGUGUGAUGCGGAAGUACUUGGUCUACCCCGCGGCUAUGAUCUGGCCCGGAAAUCUUGUCAGUGUCACACUGAUGAACGCGAUGUAUGAAAAGGCGGCUCCGAAUGACCCCAGCGUCCUUGGAGGGAACAUGCCACGAUACAGAUGGUUCGCAUACGUCUGUCUCGGCGCGUUCGUCUACUACUUUAUCCCUGGUUUCCUCAUGCAGUUCUUGAGCGUCUUCGCCGUCGCCACAUGGAUUGCACCCAACAAUGUCGUUGUCAACCAACUAUUUGGCGGUACCACAGGCCUUUCUUUACUGCCAAUAAGUUUCGAUUGGACGCAAAUUUCAGGCUUCGUUGGGUCACCCCUCAUCCCGCCAUGGUUCGCCAUUGCGAACACCAUGAUUGGUGUCGUUGUCUUCUACAUAUUCGGUGCCUCUAUCCUCCACUACACGGGAACUUGGUCAGCAAGAUAUUUGCCAAUGAGCGAUAGCGUAACCUACGACAACACGGGAGUUUCAUAUAACGUAACCAGAAUCCUGACACCCGAGUUCACUCUCGACAUAGAGGCCUAUAAAUCCUACUCUCCGCUUUUCCUCUCGACCACCUUUGCGUUGUCAUAUGGGCUCUCCUUCGCUGCUAUUGCAUCCCUAAUCGUGUAUACAUAUCUUCACCACGGAGAACAGAUAUGGAACCAAUUCCGCAACAGCACAAAAGAGGAGCCUGACGUUCACAUGAAGAUGAUGAGCAAGUACAAGGAAGCUCCAACCUGGUGGUAUCUUGUUCUGUUUGUAUUGAUGGUCGCUCUCAGUCUUGUUACCGUUCUCGCAUUCCCAACCAAUUUGACUUGGUGGGCAUUCUUGCUUGCCUUGGGCAUUUCCUUCGUAUUUGCACUACCCAUCGGAAUUAUCCAAGCUAUCACCAACACACAGAUUGGUCUGAAUGUGCUCACCGAGUUCGUUUUCGGAUAUAUCCAGCCAGGAAGACCACUGGCGCUGAUGAUCUUCAAAACAUACGGUUACAUUACUAUGCAAGUCUCUCAAUACAUCCCGCCGCGUACAAUGUUUAUGGCCCAAGUCGUCGCCACAACACUUUCCUGCUUCAUCCAAAUCGCUGUCCUUAACUUUGCGCUCAAGAACAUCGAUGGGAUAUGCACACCGCACCAGCCUCAGCAUUUCACGUGUCCAGGAGGCCGAGUCUUUUUCUCCGCUUCUGUAAUCUGGGGCUUGAUCGGGCCAGGCCGCAUCUUCUCCCCCGGCCAGAUCUACUCCGGCCUCUUCUGGUUCUUCCUAAUCGGCGCCGCCCUCCCCGUCAUCUUCUACUUCGCUGCCCGCAAGUUCCCCAAGUCCCCGAUCAAAUACCUCAUGGCCCCGCUCCUCCUCGGCGGCGCCAGUGGCAUCCCGCCCGCCUCGCCGCUCAACUACCUCUCCUGGGGUAUCGUCGGCUUCAUCUUCCAGCACUUGAUCCGCAAGCGCUACUUCGGGUGGUGGUCGCGCCUCAACUACCUCACCUCCGCAGGCCUUGAUCUCGGGCUGGCGCUGAGCACGCUGUUCAUCUUCUUCGCGUUCACGCUGAACGGGGUGGAGGCGCCGGUGUGGUGGGGGAACACGGUGACGACGACGACGAUGGAUGCGAUGGACACGGCUGUGCAGGCUACGGUGGGUCCGGGGGAGUAUUUCGGUCCAGUUGUGUGGUGA